CGUCCAGGCUCACCGCUUGGAGCGCACAGCCUUCGCAGAGAACCUCGGGAGCGUCAGACUUCGAUGGCUGCUCCUUCAGCGGGAGCUGGACAGCCAGAUCCAUGAAGUCGAACGCAUCCAUCACACUUGUGCAGAACGAGAGAGACAUCUGCGGAGACUUCACGGCUGGACAGAACAGCAGAAAAAGAGGUUGAAUGAGUGGAAACGGCCCGCCGGCCAAACCGUGGCUCGCUCGGCUCUCGUAGACUGGGAGGCUGAGGUUGGCAGAAUCAAGGAGGUUUCCGCAGCUCUGCAGGAGCUGAAGAAAGCACGAGCAGAUCAUGAAAAGGAAGAGAAGCUCCUGUGUGAUGUGAUCUUCUCUGACCAAGCAGAGAGUGUGAGCAGGGCUUGUGGGGAUCUUUAUCAACAGAUGGAAGAUGUCAGACCAGCUCUCGGCCAGACUGUGGAGAAGUGGACAUGUUUCCAAAGAGCUCUGGGAGAAGUUGCUUUGUAUACCACUAGGGUGUGCUGUGCCCUGCAGCACCAACACGGGCCUUUGUUCACUCUGCAACAGGCUGAAGGAUACUCAGACCUCCUGCAGGACCUCCAGGCGAAGGUGGAGGCGGAGGGAGAACAACUUUGGACGGCUUUGGACAAAUCCCACAAGAGGCUUGUGGAGACUCUACAGGAUGGAUCGGCGCAGCCACUUAGCGAACAAGUAGAAGAGCAGCGAAUAGGGUGGAAGGACAUGCUCCGAGAGAUAGGAGAGGAGCAUAAAAAGAUUAGUGAGAUAUUCUCACUCUGGCGUGAAUACGCUAACCUUUCUGAGGGCUUUUCUCAUCGCCUGCAACGCCUGAGGAGCGAGUGGGAGGAGCUGUCAGGUUCUCCUUCUGAAAAUGAGCCAGACGCAUCCGUUUGCUCACUCGAGAGGUUGCAGGCGGCUGCAGAUGAGCUGCAAAGCAAUGCAGGAGAUGUACUGGCAGCCUCCAAAGGUCUUCUUGGACGACUCGCACCAUUGUCUGCCGAUUUAAUAAAAUGCGACGCAAGAUUGUUGACUCGUGAUAUCCUGCUGCUGAACCAAGAAAUUUCAGGAAAAAGGAAAAGUCUUGAGGAGGAUUUGGAACAAAAGAGCCGUGGCACACGUGAUGCAGACACUUUACAGCAGGCCCUUUUGGAGUUCAGCGAUGUUUCAUCACUAGUUGACAUUAAAGAGAUGAGCGGCGACAUAACCAUCGACAACGAGGAGAUGGAGAUGGAGAAGGCUCUGUCACUCAACAGGCCGGUGGUGAAAACUCAGGAAAAAGAGGAAAAUGAAGUUUUGCAAGAUAAGCUUCAGAGCUCCCUCGACUUUCAAGAAAAAUGUGAAAAACUGAAAUCCAUCCAGGAGAACCUGGAGCGAGAAUCAGAAUGCAGAAAAGAUCUGAGUUACUCGAACCUUCAAGAGAUGCUGGCUGCCCAUCAGAAGCUUCAGGCGGAGGUCGUAAAUGGACAUCAGCUCCUUCAGGGUCUUCUCUGUGACGCGGUCAAGUCCAUGGAAAAAGAGACAGAAGAGAAAAGAUCUGAGCUUAUGGUUCGAGUGGCCUGUCUGAAGAAGAGCUGGUCCAGUUCCGUGGCUCUAGCUGCACACAACUGGACCUCCACAAAGCAACAUCUGCAGCAGUGGAAAAUAUACCAUUACGGCUUGAAAUCUCUGAAGAAGCUGUUUAGAGAGAUGGGCUCUUUUCUGCCCCCUACAGGACCGUGUCUUUACACCAUGCAGCAGCUUCAGAACUGCACAAAUCUUUACCAGCUCAUUGAAGAGUCUCUAGAGCUGCACUCGUCUGUUUACACUCAGACUGUUGAAGCUGGGAAACAUUUGUGCAAAAUCGUUACGGAGUCAGAGAGUCGGAAUCAACUGCAGUCAGAGCUUAAGGAUUUGCAGAAAGUCUGGGAGCAAACUGCCCUCCUGCAAAGAAGGAAUAAAGAUCUGGUUAAUAGCACUGUGCAGAUGUGGUCUCGGAGUCGGGAGACCGUUAGCACCAUCUUGUCUGGACUGGACAUGGUGAGCAGUCUGCUUGCAGAAAGGCCAGAAGACUCAGAGGAGGAGGCGCGUAUCCAGGAGGCUGAGCUCUCUCUGCAGCGUUGGGCCGGCGGACUGAGGGAGCUGGCCACCAUGAAGACGGACCUGACCCAGUAUGUCGCAGCCAGCGACUCGGCUCUGCUGGAGCAGCAGCUGGAGCUGCUCCACGCUCAAUGGGAAGAGUUGUGCAUGAAGGUGUCCUUGCGCAAACAAGAAAUAGCCGACCGCCUCAAUGCAUGGACCAUUUUUAAUGACAAGAACAAAGAGUUCUGCGACUGGCUGACCCAGAUGGAGAACAAGGUGUGCCACAGCGCAGAUCUGAGCAUCGAGGAGAUGGUGGAGAAACUGAAGAAGGAUUGCAUGGAGGAAAUCAACUUGUUCAGCGAGAACAAAAGCCACCUGAAGCAGCUGGGAGAGCAGCUGCUGUUAGCCAGCGACGAGGCCAAGCAGACCCAGGUCUGCGGCUCGCUACAGGAAGUCAAUCAGCGAUGGCACAGCCUCUUCCAGCAAAUCGAAGCCAGGGUGAAGAAGCUGAAGGAGACUCUGGUGACGGUGCAGCAGCUGGACAAGAACAUGAGCAACCUCCGCUCGUGGCUUUCUCGCAUUCAGGCCGAGCUGUCCAGGCCCAUCACCUACAGCGUCUGCCAUGAAAGGGAGAUCCAGAGGAGGCUCGGCGAACAGCAGGAGCUGCAGAGGGACAUCGAGCAGCACACUGAAGGUGUAGCGUCGGUCCUGAGCCUGUGCGACGUUCUGCUGCAGGACGCGGACGCUGCGGGCGGCUACGAGGCGGAGAGCGACUCCCUGCAGGAAACCAGCCGCAGCCUGGACCAGCGAUGGAGGACCAUCUGUGCUCUGGCUCUGGAAAGAAGACUCAGGAUCGAGGAAACUUGGAAUCUCUGGUGCAAGUUCCUCAACGACUACUCCCGCUUCGAGGAUUGGCUCAAGAUGGCCGAGAGAACCGCUGCCAACCCAAACUCUGCAGACGUCCUCUAUUCUGUAGCCAGGGAAGAGCUCAAGAAGUUUGAGGGUUUCCAAAGGCAGGUUCAUGAGCGGCUGACUCAGCUGGAACUCAUCAACAACCAGUACCGGCGCCUGGCCCGGGAGAACCGCACCGACCGAGCCAGCCAGCUCAAGGCCAUGGUCAGAGAGGGCAACCAGCGCUGGGACAGCCUGCACCGCCGGGUGGCUGCCAUCCUACGCAGGCUUAAGCAUUUUACCAGCCAGCGGGAGGAGUUUGAAGGCACCAGGGAGAGCAUGCUAGUUUGGCUGACUGAGUUGGACCUGCAGCUCACCAACGUGGAACAUUUCUCCGAGAGCGACGUCCAUCAGAAGAUCCAACAGCUCAAUAGUUUCCAGAAGGAGAUCACCCUGAACACGGAGCGCAUUGACGGGUUGAUAGUGUUUGGUGAGGCUCUGAUCCAGAAAAGUUCACCGCAGGAUGCGGUGCUGAUGGAGGAUGAGCUGGAGGAGCUUCACUCGUACUGCCAGGAGGUUUUCAGCAGGCUGGUCCGCUUCCACCAGCGCCUCUGCCAGCCCCCGACGAUCAAGGAGGAACCAGACAUCUCCGAUCUCACCUUUUCCCUCGAGUCAAGCCUGGAGCUGAUUGGCCGACCGUGGCUGGGGCGGAGCCAAGCAAGUCUUCCAGCCACGCCCACCCACCUGCUGAGCUCUCCUCUGGAGCGUUCAGGGCGGGAGACCCCGGUGAGCGUGGACUCCCUCCCUCUGGAGUGGGACCACACCGGAGACGUGGGAGGGUCUUCAUCACACGAGGAUGACGAGGAAGAGGAGGAACACGAAGAUGGGGCGACUUACUUUAGUGCACUGUCAGUUCCAAGCAGAUCUAUGGCUGUCCAUGAUCGUUCAUGGAUGACACCAGAAGCUCAGCUGGAUCCAGAAGGAGACACCGAGCCCACCCCCACUCUCACCAGCACUCCUCUGAAGCAGGGUUAUCUGCAGCUCGUGUCCCAGUGCAGCGACAGCAUCGAGAACAUAAAGAGAGUCUCGCUCAUCCUCGAUGACGACGACGAGGAGCAGCCGGAGGAGUUCGGUUUGACAGGACUGAAUGCCUCAGACAAGCAGUCGGGUGUGAUUGAACGCUGGGAGCUGCGCAGGGCUCAGUCCAGGUCCUCUCCGGACCCUCAACAGAUGACCUCUGACCUGGACAAGCUCACCUCCUGGUUAGAAAGCGUGGUCCCUGAGCUGGACCGCCUCCUUCAGUCCAAAGCGGCGGGCGGUGUAGAGGAAAUGGAAGCCAGAGCCAAAGAGCUGAAGGAAAUGGACAAAGCGUUUUGCCACUACAAGGCCAUCAUGCUGUCCGUCAACAUGCAGGCGAAGGACGCCCCAGAACUGCAGGGGCGAGUGGCGCGGGCGAACAGAGACUGGAGCAGAGCGUGUACAGGACUGCAGCAGUGGGACCACAGCCUGAGGGAGAGGCUGAUUCGCUGCCAGGAGUUUCACUCAGCUCUUCACUCUCUGCUGCUGUGGCUGGCGCAGGCAGAGAGCCGGUGCUGCGCGGUGGACACGAAGGAGCCCGGAAACAAGCGUCCGAGCGCUGCAGCAACAGGAAGGCGCUCUGAGGGAGUUGCGGGAGGAGCUGCGGAGCCGGCAGGCUCACCAGGCGUCCCUGCAGGCCCUCUGGUCUCAGCUCCAGCCUGAAGACGGUGCAGAGGACGGCGACGAAGCCCAGGAGAAGCUGCACGUGACGGGCAGCAAGCUGAGGCAGCUCGGGAAGAAGGUGGAGCAGGACCUCGGCACGCUGCAGCAG